CACAUCACUAAAAGUGUUUUGGAAAAGGUUUUGUUUUGUAAAUAACAAUGUUUUUGAUGUAACUCCUGGCCAUGGACACCGCCGCAGGCAUGGAUGACCUGGCCAGCGUGUCGUUCGCCGACUUCGAGCCAAAAGCCACCGAGGGGGACGUUUCCUGCUACCAGAACUUCCGCCAACAAGCCAAGCACGACAUCUCCCUGGACCUUUCGCUCGGCCAGAAGUCGGAUAACCUGUUUGCCGCCGACCAGACGCCCACACCCACGCGCCUGAUCAAGAACUGCGACGAAGUGGGCCUCUUCGAGGACCUGCAGCACGUGAACCCCUUUGACAUAGGCUUCCAGCGGGCGGCGGAGCAAAAUGUCAGCGGCACUCCCAGUCGCCCAGAGGCGCCUCCCCUCGACGGCGAGUCCCUGCACACACCCCAGGUGUACCCGCUGGAGACGACGGUGACAUCCGCUCCGCCCGGUAACCCGGUGACCAGGAGCGACAGCUGCAGCAACGUAGACGUGGAGCAGCUUCUGGCCACCACUGGCAACACUCCGCCAGGAAUCUGUGAGGAGGGCCCACCACCCCUGCAGUUGAUCCAGCCCCAGGUCAUCACUUGGGUGCUGCCUGCCCAGUCCGCUUCCGUUCCCGUGGUCUCAGCAGAUUCCCCCAGGGGAAAACCCCAGUGUGCCAUUCGUCCCUACAUACUGCCCAAGCCUAGUGGUCAAGGAUCAGAUAGGGCCAGUCGAAGGCCGGAGCCCAUUCUGGUCACCUGCAACCCACCUCCCCCCGAGCCCAGUAGCGCCAGCCUGACGCCCACAUCACAACUGCCCAUCAAAGAGCGACUGAAGGCUAUCCUGCACAGCAAUAACAGCAGACGAAACUUCUCGACGCCGCCGAAGGCAGCGAAACCAAAGGAACGAGGUCGGGAUGAGGACUGCAUGGAGCGACGGAGAGCAGCAGCCUGUCGCUACCGCAACAAAAUGCGAAACGAGCACAAAGAUCUGCGCAAACAAAAUGCCCGGCUGCAGCAGGAGAACCUGGAGCUGCACGAGAGGAUCGCCCGACUGGAAAAGGAGCUCCAGCAGCAGAAAAGUCACAACGGUUUAGCUGGUGUUGUGGCCAACCAGCUGCAGGUUCCACCAUCCAGCAUACACUUGUUUAUCAAUGUGCCUAACAUGAUAGUGCCUCCCUAUGCCAGCAACGCGAGCGUGGCUAAAAACUGACUUGUGUGCCCUGUUUAUCCAUUUAUUUUCUGGUGCCAUGUAAAUAAUCCUAUCUUAAAUAUUUAAUUGUACAAAAAGGC